GCGAGUUUCCGGCACCGGAAACAGUUCGCCUAGCGAUUCUGCCUGCUGCGGCGGCGGCAGCGCGGCCGGUGGGAGCCUGCGGGCCGCGGUCGCGGGUCAUGUGACGAGAAAGAGCUCCUGUUGGACGCCGAUCCUCUAGAUCUGAGCUCCCAGAGCCGGCCCCGGCCAUGGGGUGCUGCUAUAGCAGUGACAACGAGGACUCGGACCAGGAUCGAGAGGAACGGAAGCUACUUCUGGACCCCAGCAGUCCCCCAACCAAGACCCUAAAUGGAGCAGAACACAACUACCACAGCCUGCCUGCAGCCCGUACAGAUGAGCAGGCCUUGCUGUCUUCUAUCCUUGCCAAGACAGCCAGCAACAUCAUUGAUGUAUCGGCAGCAGAUUCCCAGGGCAUGGAGCAACAUGAGUACAUGGACCGAGCGAGACAGUACAGUACUCGCCUGGCUGUCCUGAGCAGUAGCUUGACUCAUUGGAAGAAGCUGCCACCACUGCCAUCACUCACCAGCCAGCCCCACCAAGUGCUUGCCAGUGACCCUGUCCCUUUUGCAGAUUUACAGCAGGUCUCCAGAAUAGCUGCUUAUGCCUAUAGUGCACUUUCUCAGAUCCGGGUCGACGCAAAAGAGGAGCUGGUCGUGCAGUUUGGGGUCCCAUGAGGAUGGUUUCUGGAGAUCUCUCCCUUGUUCCCGCCUUCCUUUCCCUUUAUUUCUUCCUGCUUGUACAGAAACCUAACUUGCAACUAAUCACAGAGGAGAAACUAC